AUGGUUGAUCAAUUCAAAAUUUCCAUUGAACUCUUUCUACUCUUCUCCUUUUCCUUCCAAUUCCUCAUCACCAAUGCAAAAAGUUGUCUAGAGAUUGAGAGAAAUUCUCUCCUCUCCUUCAAACAUGGCCUCGAAGAUCCUUCUGGCAUGCUCUCUUCAUGGAUAGUCGGUGUCGAUUGCUGCCAAUGGGAAUCCAUCGAAUGCGAUAAGAAAACCAAUCGAGUCAUCGCUCUCAAACUUCAAAACACUUUUGCUAAUGGAAUUUCAGGUAACAUCAAUUCCUCUUCACUUGUCAAUCUCAAGGAAUUGAGACACUUGGAUCUUAGUAUGAACAAUGAUCUAGUAUUGGGAAAUGAUUUCAAAUGGAUUUCUAGUCUUUCUAAAUUGAAACAUCUUAAUUUAGGCUCUGUCAAUCUUAGUUUCGCAGCAAACAAUUGGCUCGAGAGUUUAAACAAACUUCCUUCUCUAGUAGAGUUACAUUUACCCUCUUGUGGCCUCACAAAUCUUCCUUCAUCACUACAAUUCAUUAACCUCACUUCACUCUCUGUUCUUGAAUUAUACAACAAUGGUUUCAAAAAAUCCACCAUACCCAUGUGGCUAUUCAACUUAACUAGCCUUACUUACCUCGAUCUCGGUUCAAAUGAACUCGAAGGAAGUAUCCCCGAUGGUAUAGCCUCGUUGAAUUACAUUCAACACAUAGAUUUAUCGAAUAACGGGUUAAUCACGGGGAAGUUACCAAAGAAUCUAGGAAAGCUAUGUAGUUUGCGUACACUUCAAAUUUCAGAAACGUGGAUUGAAGGCGAGAUAGGAGAAUUUAUCGAUGGGUUUUCGUCGUGUGGUAAUACAAGUAGAUUGGAAUCAUUGGAUUUAAGCUCAAAUCAUUUGGGUGGUUUUCUUCCAAACUACCCAUUUCAACAUUUGAGGAAUUUGAAGUAUUUGGAUUUGAAACUUAAUUCUUUUGUUGGGGAUAUUCCUGAAUCUAUUGGAAAUUUGUCAUCUUUAAUACAAUUUUCUGUUUCCGACAAUCAAUUGAAUGGGUCGAUUCCAAAAAGUCUUGGAAAGCUCUCGUCUUUGUCGGUUUUAGAUCUUGCGAAAAAUCCAUGGAAUGGGAUCAUAACCGAACAGAGUUUGUUUAAUCUCUCGAGCUUAAAGGAAUUGUCGAUUUCCACUACAAAUUCUCAAAAGAUAAACUUUGUAAUUGACAUAAAUCCGAAUUGGGUUCCUCCUUUUAAACUCGAAUAUCUCGAUAUCAAAUCAUGUCAAGUGGGUCCGAGGUUUCCAAAGUGGCUGAGGAAUCAGAACAAACUGAAUUACCUUGUAUUUAAGAAUUCAAUGAUUUCUGAUUCCAUACCAGAUUGGUUUCUAAAUCUAAAUUUGACACUUUCUUGGUUAGAAUUGGCUAACAAUAAUCUUACCCGUGAAGUGCCAAACAGAUUUGUUUUCGAAGGUCAAGGAUUUCUUGAUUUGUCGUCUAAUCGAUUCGAGGGUCCACUUCCUCUGUUUUCUUCAAACGUAAGAACAUUGUACUUGAGUGACAAUCUCUUUAGUGGAAUUUUACCAGUUAACAUAGGCCAAUUGUAUCCCAAGAUGGAAAAUUUUGGUGUUUCAAAUAAUCUUCUACAUGGAAACAUACCCAUUUCGUUUGGUGACAUACAAAGCCUAACAAGCAUUACAGUUUUGAACAAUAAUCUUUCGGGAGAAAUUCCUCUCAUUUGGGAAGACAAGUUGAAACUAAUUUGGACUGUUGAUUUGGCCAACAACAGCUUGACUGGAAAAAUACCCACUUCGAUGGGAUCUUUGAGCUCGUUAAUGUUUCUAUCGUUAAAUUAUAACAAUCUCGAAGGAGAGAUUCCUUCUUCUUUACAGAAUUGCACGAAUAUCCUAAGUCUAGACCUCGGAAACAACAUGUUGUCGGGUGAGGUUCCUUCAUGGAUAGGAGAGAAACUGUCGAAUCUCUUCAUUUUAAAGCUUAGAUCGAAUCGAUUUGUCGGGGAUAUUCCAAACCAGCUUUGCAGCCUCUCUGAUCUUCACAUUUUGGACCUUGCUCAGAAUAAUCUUUCUGGGAAUAUUCCAUUUUGUGUGGGUAAUUUGAUUGGAAUGGCAAUUGGAAUUGAUGAUGCAAGAUAUGAAGGUGAAUUGUUGGUUAUGACAAAAGGAAGAGAGCUUCUUUAUCAGAGCACUCUUUAUCUUGUGAAUUCUAUAGAUCUUUCGGGAAAUAAUCUUUUGGGAGAGAUUCCUAAGGCGGUUACAAAUCUUUCAAGACUUGGGACAUUGAAUUUAUCUUCGAAUCGUUUAACCGGAUGGGUACCCGAUGAAAUCGGAAGGCUAAGUCGGCUUGAAACAUUAGACUUGUCGAAGAACCAACUUUUUGGACCAAUCCCACAAAGUUUAGCCUCUUUGACGGCUUUGAACCAUCUUAACCUGUCUUAUAAUGAUUUGAGUGGUAGAAUACCAACUGGUAAUCAAUUGAAUUCAUUGGAUGAUAUUUCAAUCUAUGCCAAUAAUCCAAGACUUUGUGGGCAUCCUUUGACAAUCAAAUGCGCGGAUGAUGUUGAUGAGAAUAUCAGUGAUUCUCACGAUGUUAAUGAUGAUAAAGAUGAAGAUGACGAGGACAAAAACUGGUUUGGGGCAUUGGGGUUCUUCAUUAGUAUGAGUUUUGGAUUCGCGGUUGGUUUUUGGGGAUUCUUUGGUACUUUGAUGAUGAAGGAAUCGUGGAGACGGACUUAUUUUGGUUUUGUGGACGAUAAAGUUGAAGUCGUGAUUGGGAGAGUCAUGCUUGUCAUAAAGAAGUUGAAAUAUUAG